AUGCCACCCCGCUUUCCUGGCCACAACCUCUCGAACCCCUUUGCUCAUCUCUCUGCGCCUAUCCACCAACAACCACAGCUGCAACAGCAGCACCAACAGCACCAACCGAACAUGCCGCACCCUAGUUUCGGAGGCGGCAACCAGGCACACAACAUCAACCUCUUCGGCCAGAACCAGCAUGCCUUCCAGUCGAAUAACGCAGGGCUUACCGGCGGCCUCGGUGGCGCAGGGCUAGGGGCAGCAGCUGGUCUUGGUGGGGUCAGUGGAGGCACAGGGCUAGACGGCCACGAGGCGCGUAUGCGUUUCGCUCACGGUGCUCAACUGCAACAGGACGCUGUUCGUGGUCAGGAUGGCACAAAGGGCCUUGCAGGGCAAAGGAUACGCGACGUUUGGAGAUCAAACCUGCACCAAGAGAUGGAUCUGCUGCGCUCCCUCAUCGACCAGUACCCGUACAUCAGCAUGGACACCGAGUUCCCUGGUGUUGUCGCACGACCCAUCGGCGACUUCAACUCGAAAGCCUCAUACCACUACCAGACAGUGCGCUGCAACGUCGACCUCCUCAAGAUCAUUCAGCUCGGUGUUACACUAUUCUCGAUACAAGGCGAAAUUCCUCCCUCACAGCUCGACUCGUCGACAUUGCAAUACCAACCCAAGUCGCUCCAGCGAUACGCAAACAACAUAGUCAUGUGUCCAUGCACGUGGAGCUUCAACUUCCAGUUUUCGCUUGAAGACGAUAUGUACAACGAGGAAUCCAUUCAGAUGCUGAAAAAGUCAGGUGCCGAUUUUGAGAAGCAUGCAUCACAAGGCAUUGACCCCCAGGAAUUUGGGUCGCUCCUGAUCACAUCAGGCAUGACACUUUCAGAAGAUGUCAACUGGAUAUCUUUCCACUCUGGCUACGACUUUGCAUACCUGGUCAAGAUGCUAAGCUCCAAGCCAUUGCCUGAGGACGAAGACUCUUACCGCAAGCUCGUCGAAGUUUUCUUCCCUCGCCUCCUCGAUGUCAAGUACCUUUGGCGACACGCGAACAACCUCGUCCGUCGUGGCAUAAUAGGUGCCUCAGCCACCAGUAUCCUAAACAACCUGGGUACAAAGUCAGGGCUCCAGGAUCUUGCCGAUGAACUGGGAUGCCAACGGAUCGGUAACUCGCACACGGCAGGCUCUGAUGCGUGGCUCACCGGUACUGUCUUCUGGGAAUUGAAGAAGAAGAUCUUCGACGGAUCCAUUCCAGACGAGAUGAACGGGCAGAUGUGGGGGUUGACAGGCGUUGGACCACCGGCCAGCGCAACAGCACAAGCUGCUGUGCUUGCUGCUCAAGGGCAGCAGAACCUCACUGGGUUCCAGGGCCUGAACGGCGGCAUGAUGUUCCACCCUGGAAACGCGAGACACGGCGACGGUCCAAGCACGCCAACAAACCAUCCAGCUGGUCUCGCCACAACCCCUGGACCUACAGGUCAUAUGACCCCAGGUGGUGGCUAUGGAGGCUACGGCGGUAACAAAUAG